GUGACGUCAUUGAAGAUGGUGAGGCGCAUAUUUUGUAUAGAAAUUCAUCUCAGGAAGCUAUUCAAUGGCGACAAUGGCAGAGGAUCUCCUCUCGUACUCGCGCCAUAUGUCUGACGCCGCGAUCGCGUAGAGGAGGCCUACGUACGUCGCGAUGGUUCUAGAAGCGGGCUUGCCCUCCCACCUCGUCGCCGCGGCGAGUCCUGAGGCGGAGCUGAGACUGCUCGAGGCGCUCCAGUCUCAGCUGCUCCCGCCGCCUCGCGAGUCCCUAGAGGAUGACUUUCUCGAGCAGCAGUGGCUUGCGAUCGCGUCAUCAAACGCCGACGACAAUCCGUUCGUCGGCCACUCGCUCGUCGAGUUCUUCUCGGACGCCGAGAGCCUGCAGACGUUCACUUGUUACGUGUUCAAUCGUCGCUACGGCUGGUCGGAGGCGGGCAGUCCCCAGAGACGCCGCUCAGUGCCUCAGAAGACGAAACUGAAGACGUCCUUGAAUGAGCUUCUAGAUGAGCUUAUCAAAUGGUAUAUGUACCAAGAGCUUUCGUCACCUCUACUAGAAUCCAUGAAAGCAUCUGUGAUAGCAGCCAGCAAGAAGCCUGUCGUACGCAAUCAGACGCUGGUGCACUGCAUGGAGUGGUUCAAGCUGAAUGCGCACAGCCACGUGUCCGGCCAGUAUUACUCACUAGUCAAGGAGAUCGUGCUGCUCGGCCUCAUGGACGUGUGGUCGGCCGUGCGCAACGCGUGCUGCUGUCGUCUGCCGGACAUCGUCGGCGAGCUCAGCCUCGCCGAGCUCGAGGACCUCUUCACCGACCUGGUGCUCGUCUGCGAAGGACGCUCGUCGACGUGGCAGGCCGUAGAGGGCGCCGUCAUGGGUUCGAGAAUUCGUUAUUGA